ACCACCGAGAAGAAGAGGACGGUUUAUCAGAUGGCCCUCAAUAAACUGGACGAGAUUUUGGCGGCGGCGCAGCAGAGCAUCAGCGCGGGGGAGGGGCCGGGGGCGCCCCUGGGACCCCCCCUGGGCAAGGGGGGGCGCCCCAAAGGAUUCUUCGGGGCCGAGGGUCCCUUCGAGGCUCACCGGAUGGGGCCGGGGGGCUUCGAGCGCCCCUUCCUCCCCACGGGCCCCCCCCACGGGCUGAUGCUGCGCCAGAAAUCCAUCGGUGCCCCCGAGGAGGACAAGCCCUACCUGGCCCCCCCCGCGGGGAAAUUCAGCCGCAGCCUCUCGGUGCCGGGCUCGGACGAGAUCCCCCCUCCCCCCACCACCUCCCCCCCGGAACCCCCUUACACCCCCCUCCCCCCGCCGCUGGAAUUCGCCAACAGCUUCGAGACCCCUCCCCACCCCGGCGAGGGACCCCCCCCUCCGCCGCCCCCUCCCCCGGGGGACUCGGCCGCCUCCAGCCUGACCUCGUACGACAGCGAGGUGGCCACGCUGACCCAGAGCGGGCCGGGGGGCGCCGCCCACGACCCCCGACCCCGCGGAGGAGGGGGAGGGGUCGGGGGAGGGGUCUCGGGGGUGCUGUCGGGGGGGGCCGGACCCCCUCCCCCCGAGGGUCCCGAGGUGGUGACGGACUCCGGGAUCGAGGAGGUGGACAGCCGGAGCAGCAGCGACCACCCCCCGGAGGCGGCCGAGGGACCCCCCCAGGACGGGCCCGAGAGGCGCCCCAGGGGGAGGGGGGCGCUGAGGGGGCGCCCCGAGUGGGAGGAGACCCCCCCGCCCCACCCCCACCCCCGCGGGGGGAUGGGCACCGGGUGGAGCCGCGCGGGACACGACGGAGGAGGAGGAGGAGGGUUCGGGGGAAGGCACAGGUGA